GAAGUAAUUCCGUCUUUUCUUCGUUGGUACUGCGUCGGUCCAUGUCCCUCCCGAAAGACGUCCAUUCAUUUUUCUGAUUUAAAACAUUGAAAUUCAACGUUUUUAUCGAUUUCCGUCGAUUAACCGGGAAUGAUUGAACCCAAGAAGAGAGCCGCGGACAUGGCGGUGGUCCCGGCAGCCGUCAAGCGACCCCGGACGGAGCUGGUGGCAGCGGCUCAGUCUCAGCAACUCGUGGCCUCGGGUCCCCCACGGACCUCCAGCCUGCAAGCCCCCAUUAUGUUAAUGUCUGGCCACGAGGGUGAGGUUUACUGCUGCAAGUUUCAUCCAAAUGGAGCCACGCUGGCCUCGUCAGGAUUUGACAGGCUCAUAUUGCUGUGGAAUGUGUGGGGAGACUGUGAAAAUUAUGCCACUCUGAAAGGACACAGUGGAGCAGUAAUGGAGCUGCACUAUAACACAGAUGGCAGUGUACUGUUUUCAGCAAGCACAGACAAGACUGUCGGUGUGUGGGACAGUGAUACAGGAGAGAGGAUCAAGCGCCUGAAGGGCCACACCUCCUUUGUGAACACCUGCUACCCUGCUCGCAGAGGACCUCAGCUUGUCUGUACUGGCAGCGAUGAUGGGACAGUCAAACUUUGGGACAUCCGUAAGAAGGGAGCGAUCCACACUUUCCAGAACACUUACCAGGUGCUCGCCGUGACCUUCAAUGACACCAGUGACCAGAUUCUGUCAGGAGGAAUCGACAAUGACAUCAAGGUUUGGGACCUGAGGCAGAAUAAGCUGAUCUACAACAUGCAUGGCCACGGUGACUCAGUAACUGGACUCAGCUUGAGCUCAGAGGGUUCAUACCUUCUUUCAAACUCCAUGGACAAUACAGUGCGUAUUUGGGAUGUUCGACCAUUUGCGCCAAAGGAAAGAUGUGUGAAGAUUUUCCAGGGAAAUGUUCACAACUUUGAAAAGAAUUUGCUGAGGUGCUCCUGGUCCACUGAUGGCAGUAAGAUAGCUGCAGGCUCAGCUGACAGAUUUGUGUAUAUUUGGGACACCACAUCACGUAGGAUCCUGUACAAGCUGCCGGGCCAUGCUGGCUCAGUCAAUGAAGUAGCCUUCCACCCAGAGGAGCCUGUAGUGCUGUCUGGCUCCAGUGAUAAACGGCUCUACAUGGGAGAAAUCCAAUAGAGUGUGAUUGAUUGAGAGUGUGUGUAUAAAUUUGGAUAACUGUGUGUGUGUGCGCAGCAGGCGACCGACUGUGGAAGUGGUUAUGGUUGGUGUUGAGGGGCUGAUAAGUGCUUCAGCUCGUCUCAGAACAACCUCAGGAUUUGGGUCGUGCUUAUUCAUAGCGACCUCCACAACAACUUGUUUUUUUUAUUCUGAUUUGUUGCUUUUUAAUAAACUUCAAUAUUCCGUAAAA